CUUUGCAGGUCCCGUGCCUAUGAACGAGUGCGUGUUGUCACCUGUCAAUAGCUCCCACCCAGUUCAAGCCUUGCUUGAGAGCUUUACGGUUUUAUCCGGCUGCGCAAGCAAAGGGACCGUUGGAUUGCCACAGGAAGUUCAUGUCCUCAAUCUCAGGAGUCCUGAAGAAGGCCUUGGCCACCAUGAAAGAGAGGUCACCUUACAUUUGAAUCCAAUUUCUUCAAUUCAUAUUCACCAGAGGCCAUUGGCAUUCAUACUGAACUCUCCUGUUCCCUUGGUAUGGAAGGUGAAAACAGAAAGACUUGCCCCAGAGAUUUCGAGGUUUUUCACUGUAUCAGCAGGUUCCAUUGUGCAGUUUGAGAAAGAAAAUUUCUCCUUGUCGGCAAAAAUAGAGGAAAAACCUCUCCCUCAAGGAAAUAAGCAUCUGCUGCAGUGGGCCCAAAAGGAAUUUGGGGCAGUAACAUCUUUCACUGAACUCAAAAUAUCCAGGAAUGUUUACAUCAAAGUGGGUGAAGAUCAGUUUUUCCCUGCAACAUGCAAUAUAGAGAAGAACUUUAUUUCCUUGAACUACCUUGCGGGAUACCUGCAACCCAAGGCAGCAGAAGGAUGCAUUGUCUCCAGCAUGGAUCAAGAAAGAGAAGUUCACAUAAUUGAACUAAUCACACCAGACUCUAACCCAUACAGUGCUUUCCAGGUGGAUAUCAUCAUUGACAUUCGACCAUCUCGGCCAGACACCACACUUGUCAGGGAUCUUGUACUUAUCCUCAAGUGCAGAAAGUCUGUCAACUGGGUCAUCAAGUCCCAUGACGUGAAGGGGAAACUGGAAGCAAUUGCAGCAAACAGUGUUGGCUUUGGAAAGGAAACGGAACGCUCGAUGGUGAUGACUAAAAACAUAUUUUCCAAUAUUCCCUCCUCUCAUGAGAGUUUGAUUACGUGGGCUUAUGACCAUGGCUACCAUCCAGUUACUUCCUAUACAAAAGCACCUGUUGCUAAUAGGUUCCAUCUACGCCUUGAGGACACUGAGAUGAAUGAUGAGGAAGACCAUUUCCCACCAGAGCUGAAGGAGCUGCUGCGUGGUGUUAACCCGCUGCCAGCUCCACUCGCACCCUCAAGCGAAGGCGUUAGUUUUGACUUCCACUUCCAUCGAGAUCAUGAUGGAAACUUGCCAUCAACUGAUAUGGUGGACACAAUUAGGACCAAUCGUGGCUUUGAGCACCUCCUUCCAAAAGUCUCAGAACCAGAAGAAGUUCAGGGUAGCGUUCAUGUUGCCCUGACGGUGAAGUGUGAUGACACGUCCAUGAUUGUAGCUGUAGCAAAAGACUCACUGGAGGCUAGCGGUUACGUCGGGACACAACUCUCUCUGCUGGAUCCUACAUGUAGAGCUAAGACAAACAAGACCCAUUUUAUUUUGGAGUCAUCGCUGCAUGAUUGUGGGACUCAACGGAUAGCCUAUGCCUUGGAUAACGUGUAUCUGAACUCUAUUGUUAUCCAUGUGCCGUCACCAAUUGAGGCCAGUGGUUGGGCGGUUGACUAUGAAGACAUGGAAUCAGGGGAUAAUGGAUUCCCUGGGGACACUGAUGAAACAGACAUCGUCAUUUCCAGCAGGACUGAAAUUGUUCGGUUCAACUGCACAAUCCAUCAGCUGAAAGCUCCUAAAUCUCCUAAGUACUAUUCACCUGAAUCGCGCAUCGGCAACGUCACAUUCAGCAUGGAACUUUACGAAACAGGCCUCUUCCGUACCCCAACCCAAGGGUUCUUCUCCGUUGCAGAGAACGGCCAGAUUUUUGUUGAGAUUUCUGUGACCAAGGCUGAAAAAUCCCUGAGCUUUGCAAUCCAAACCUGCUUUAUUUCUCCACAUUCAUACCCUGAUAAGAUGUCGGAGUACACCAUUAUUGAAAACAUUUGUCCUAAAGAUGAAUCCGUAACAUUCUACAACACCCCAGCUAAUUUUCCAAUGCAAAAUGCACAAAUGGACAGAAAGCGGUUUAGCUUUAUGUUUAGGUCCGUAUUCAACACUUCGCUUCUCUUUCUUCAUUGUGAGGUGACUUUGUGCACAAAGAAAGAAAAAUAUACUCAAGAGCUGGCCAAGUGCAUCCCUCCUGAUGAAGCCUGCAGCUUUCUUAGUGUUGAUAUGAUCCUAGCAAUGAUGCAGAAUAAGAAAACCUUCACCAAGCCCCUUGCUGUGAUAUCUCAUAAAGAGAAGCCAGAAGAUAAACCUCCUUCUUACUCGAAACCUCCUGAAGGAUUAGCACCUGUCUUCCAUGGCCUGGACACUUUGACAGUCGUGGGCAUUGCCUUUGCAGCCUUCGUUAUUGGUGCGCUGCUGACAGGAGCACUGUGGUUUAUCUAUUCUCACACAGGAGAACCGGCAGCAAGACAGCCGGUCCCCACAUCCCCGCCGGCCUCUGAAAACAGCAGCGCAGCCCAUAGUAUCGGCAGCACACAAAGCACCCCCUGUUCCAGCAGCAGCGCAGCCUAACCCAGGGGACAUGAUGCAAGCCCCCGGAACCACGUAGGGGAGCAGAGGUUCAAAAGGAGCUGUUUGUUGCCAUUCGCUUCAAAAGGAUUGGUUUGGGUUCUUUGGCAGAACAAGGAAGGAUUUCCUUCGUGGUCCUCGAACUUCUUGCAGCAUGCUCUAGGCUCACACACGACAAAGCUACUAUUUGCAGGCAGCUGUGGGUUGCGCAGAAAACAUCCGCAGGCUCUCGACGUGAGACACUAGCCGGUUCCCCCACCAUAAACGCUGCAUUGUCUUUACAGAAUCAUAAGCACUAGGUUCCGCAGACGUCAAGGAGACACGAGGGGUGUAAAGGGAUUUCAGUCUCAUAAGCUGGGGGGAAAGGUUUUGUUUUCUUUCUCGUUUGAUCCGGGGAUUCCACCUCACCAGAAAGAGAAAGCUUCCAGCGCAGAGGAUUACCCGUUGCCAUUAUCGCAAUAUAUACAUCUUGAUCGUUUCUGUGGUUUUUGAGCUUAACUCAGUGCUGUGUUUGGCCCACCAUUAUCUUGUCCACCACAUCAGGGAUUUGCCUUUGCCAACCUUUAGCAAACAGAAACUAAUGUUUCCAUACAUAACAUGGCGUGUGGGACAUGUGUUGAUUUGAUAUUCCUGAUGACUUCCGUACACGUCUGUUUAUCCAUCCCAAAGCCUGCUUGGAAGCAUAAUGCAACACUUAGUGCCAUUUCAGUUUCUUAAUUUAUUUUUUUAUUAAUUGGAGCCACCAACCUUUGCACAGGACUUAGCCCAAAGUCUUUUACAGUACAGUGUCUGCCGCCUGCUACAAGUAGGCCAGCAAUUUGCAUACAAUUUGCAUGCAAAGCCACAUGGCGCCAAUGCGCACAUGCAGCUUCUGCACGUACAACAGCUUUUCUUUUCACUGCAGCGCCAGGCACUGCUUCCUAUGAGGAUUUCCAUUGUGUGUGCAUAACCUUCCCUGAAAUUAUGGUGAAUGAGGGGUACCUGUAUAUGCCCCAAGUGCUGUGUCCAUACUGAAAAACCCAUGGGGCUGUAACUUGGGGUUAUUGCAAGUGAUAUUAAAACCACAUGUGAAUGGUGAGCACUUGUGUGCUCCAAGGUGGGGUUGGUUAUGGACCAGUUUUGAACCUUUGGCCCCUGAAUAUACUUCUGCAAAUGUGGUCAUUGCCAAAAUUCAGGAAAAUAUAGAUAAAUAUAGUCCUAUUUGUUGUAGGACUAAGCCUUUGGGGUUUUUUUUUGAUUCACAGUGAUCUAGAAGCACAUUUUUUAGACCUGCUAAUGAGUGCAAGUGUUUCUAGUUGUGAUGUGGAGACAACUACAGCUCUGUGUUUUGGGCCCGGUCCACAAAAUAUACAUAGAUAUCGUUGUCUUUUUUGCUGUAUAUAAUCUACAAUUAGCUUACUGUUUAUCGAAAAUUCUUAGGUCAGAACUUCAUUCUUUGCUUCUUCUAAGUUUUCCAAAAUUUUGUGGUGAUUUUUUUUUUAAAGCGUCGAGAGGAGAAAACUAUCGAGCUAAUUGUUCUGUAUGACUCACCAUGAAUAGGAAUGGAAGGGUUCCUUAAAAGCCCCUUUAUGGUUUGUAUCCAGUUGCUUGUUAGUCAUCGCAACGUUGCAAUUGGAUAUCUCCCAAAGUAGCAUUUGGAAUGCAAAAAAGAGCAAGCCGGUACUAAUUUUCAUAAUAUUUUUAUAAAUCUUGCCUCCCGCUAGCCUUAAAGUACCUCCCAAAUGAAAACCAAAGGUUGCAAUUUGAAACUGUAGGAAUAUUGAGUUGUCAUUUUGUGAGCUGAAACAGAGUCUCCUGGAUCCUCCUCCUUGAAAACAAAAUAAGAGAUAUUCUCCCUUUGCAAACAGUUAAUAUAACCUUCAAUGGAUAUGGCUUUUUUGUUUUGUUUGGCCUUGCUGUAGCAGGAAGCACAGCGGGGCUUUUCUGAAGCAGGUCUGAUCUCUCCCCUCGCUUCCAGGGGACCAGGGCCCAUCUGAGAGGUGGCGGAACGCCAUUGUGGCACGUUUCAGCUGGGGGGAAAGCCCUGCCCAUAUAUAACACAGGGCCAGUUCCUCUGUUGCCCUUAACCCGAACCACCCUUUUAGCCUAUUGGGUUUUACACUGGCAAAGGUGACAAAACUUCACAGGGGCUGGUGAACCGACAGAUAAAAAAGGCUCCUGGCCUAUUCGGAAUAUAUCAAAAAUAAAUAAAUUUGAACUUACAUAAUUCACAUUCUCAAAAGUGUUUGCGGGGUUGGAUUAGUGGGAGGUAUCUGGAUAAGCAAUAUGCUACCUGUGUAUUUAAAAAGAAUGCGCUUUGCCUAACCUUCAGCUGAAUGUAUUAGAUAAUCAUAUUCUAUGUAUGAAAACCUUUAAAAUGUCUUCAAAGAAGACUAGAGUCUUUUAAAUCCAUCAUAGCUAUAUUUUACUACAUUAAAUGUGGGCAUAAAUAUAAAUAUAUAUAUAUUUAAAUAUAAGUGGCUUUAUAUAAGAUGUUUAAUUUCAGUUACUGUGAAUUCUACGGUUUUAUACGCUAUUUCUCUGCCCUCUUCUAACCCUUCCCCCCCCCCAAGAUUUUAUUAAAACCAGAGAUAUUAUUGGAAGUAUUAUAAACUUGGUUGUUGGAAUGAAAGGUUACAUUUUUGUGUAAAAUAAUUAAAUGUAUAUUUUUGAGAGAAAGAGAUGCUGCAUUAUCAAUAUUUCUAUCAAAAUUGACUCUGAAAACCUGGAUCUAUAUUUACAGACAUACAAAACCAAAACAGGCAAUAUUUACAAGCAGAGAAAUGACAUUUUUCUAGGCUUAUGUUCAAGAUUAUAAUUAAUUCAUUGACCGUGAUGCACUUAAUUGUGAAUGCUUCAGAAUGCUCACUUUAUUAUAUACUGAUCUUUUUUAAAUAUACUUACUUAAAAGGAAAGUUAUGGAGCUAAUGGAAAAUUCCUGUUGGUUAAUUGACAGUAGAGCAAAUGGCAGAUGCAAAUGAUAUCCCUAAAAAAUUUAUGCUGUCUACGCAUCCAGAGAUAUGCAUGCACUAGGAUGCAUAAGCACAUCUCUGGUUCCCAUGGGCUGCUCCAUUAGACUGGAGGAGCAAAAGGCAUGUGUGCAUUUCAUGUGUGGUUUGGAUUCAUUCCUGGCAAUUAAAAGGAAGUUCUUGUGAAUGAGAGAAUUCCAUACCUGCAUUGCAGCUCUGUGCUCAUCACUGGUAAAAGGUGUAAACCACAAAGCCAUUUGGUCCAAAGUAUUGCUGUUGUUUUCCAGGGUGAGCUGUCAAGUCCUUAUAUUAGCAACAGUGGAGGGCUGAAUUAUGCUUUUGUAAUAAACCAGGCAUGUACUGAGAAAGGGAAUUUAUGAACAGAUACCUUUGCCAUAAGAGAGAACAAUGGUUUCUUCCAGUGCCAUUGAAGUCUAUUUUUAUGCUACAAAUGUAAGCUCUACGUUUUGAAGUCCUUUAUUAUUUUUUCAUGCAAGCUUCUUUUCAUGUUUGAUGUUGUGUGCUAUUUCAUUUCAUGUUGUAUAGUAGUGUUUUUGAGAACUUUGCAUUGUCUCACUGACAAAGUGUUAAAUCAGGCACCCCCAAACUCGGCCCUCCAGCUGUUUUGGGACUACAGUUCCCAUCAUCCCUGACCACUGGUCCUGUUAGCUAGGGAUGAUGUCCCAAAACAGCUGGAGGGCCAAGUUUAGGGGUGCCUGUAUUAAACUGUGCAAGUGGCCAGCCUGCACCUCAGUGUGUUCAGUGUGUCUGAAAGGAAAUUUCUUCCAUUUUGAGUUUCACAUUUCAGAAUGAUUUUGGAAGUUCAAGCAUAUCAUAGCUUCUGGGUCACCUCUAACUACAGGGUUUAGCAUUCAAAGUAAUUAUGAGGUUAGUGAGGCUGGACGUUCCUUUGCAGAAGCCAUACUGUGUCUUCUUUGACAAAGCUUGUUCUUCAGUAUAUCCAACAAACUCAAUGUUAAUAUCAUCUUCUAACGGUUUACUUGUCUAGGGAGACAGGUCUCCCAUUUCCUGGUUUCUCCCUCCCUGUUUCCUUUUUUAAAUUGCUCUUGCGUCGGCUACCUUCCAGUUUUGAAGGCUGGUUUUAAUAGGCUGCAUAUUUUUGUUGAAAGUUCAGACAUUUCACAUUUGAAUUCUUCACAGACUAUCAGGUGAAUGCCCAGCCAACUUGUUAAUUUGGAAUUUGUCAGAUAGCUUUAAGACAUCAGCUUUUGUUGCCACCAUUUGCCAUUGCUUUUCAGGCACCCUCAAUAAAAAGCAAGGCAUGUCCCUCACAACACUUUCACGACCGACACAGAUAGAAAGAAUUCCUCCUGUUUUUCGUCUCCUCCUCCUUACAUACCCUAUGACAUACAUAGCUCAUUUCCUGUUUCAGAUACAUUAACAGAUCAAGAUAUUGGAUUUUUUAUGCUAUAGCAAUUAGCUCCUCAUAUUCCUUGUUUGCUUGCCUUAUCAUCAACUUGCCUUUGCACAAUGCUUGCCAGUCCCAUCAUAUAACUUAAGCUACUAAAAUUGGGAAAUGACUUCUCACUUGUAAAGCUGUUUCUCCUCCCAGAACCUGCAUACACCCCAGAUUAUUUUGCUUGUUUUCCCAUACAGUAUCUAAUCACUCACGUUUGACUUUCCAGACAUCUUUGCAUUGAACAGCUAUUACUUUAAGGUCAUGUAAAGCCAACAUGUCACGCAUUGUGUAGGGUGGAUCUAGACACAGGUUUAAAAUGCUAUAGGUAAAAAAAAAUUUUUUACAAGAGAAGAAGAAAAGCCCAUGUAAAAAUCCAUAUAAACUAAUUUUUUGCUCUCUGGCACCAUCUGGUGUUGGAUGUUUAUAACACUUUCAAAACGUAUUAUUGUGACGAAUGUAGCCGAGUCCAGAGUUCUGUGUAUUACUUUGAAAGAGGAUUGUAUGUUGAUUCCCACCCCCCACCCCCCCAAAAAAUGUUUAUGAUGAUGUGUUCUUGUCUUUUCUAUGUGCAUCUACCUCAUGCUUCAAAAGAAGACCCUACUGCUGAUUGUAAGUGCAAUCCAACAGGUAUGGCAGCUUGGCAUCCACCAUGCAUUCCAAUGGGAAUUAUGUCAUGCUCUUCUACAAGGCCCAUUGGAAUGAAUGGAGGAGCCACAGCAGCCGCCUGUCUCGGUUUGCACACUGUGUGAGAAUAAGUGUAGAUUUGUUUAAUGAGGCAACUCUUGUCCUGUUUUGUUCAUCUGUCCUGGGGUGUUCAUGAAGCAACUGAAUCUCUAUCCGGACUCUGCCAUUUCCAAAACACAAUACGCUUUACCUUUUUUAUAUAUAUAUAUACAAGGAUAUAACUUUUUUUAACUGAGCGGGAGAAAUAUACCUGCUAAAUCCCUGUGGCCAGUAUGAGCACCCCAUUGUCUUUGUUUCUGUAGUUUGUGUGUAUCUCCAAAUAAAUAAAUAAAUAAAAUCUAUAACUGAUAAGUUGUACAGUUUUGAUAAUGCCCAUGCCAUGUUACCUUGGAUCUUCACUGCUUAAUAAAGGUAUAACAAUUAUUAAUAAAA